GCGGCCUCCACCGGUGUCAAGGACUAGCUGCGCCACCAGAAGAUGCGGCCCGACCCCGGCCGCCCGCGGCGCCCCCCGCCGCGGAUCGCUGACAGUAUGAAAAGCCCCCAGACGAUGCGUAGAAGGUUUCUGCAGCACUUGAUGCUCUUGUGGACAUUGCCGAUGGAAGAAUAGAUAUCCACGUCCUCAUGGCUAUUGCAGCAUUUGCUUCUGUGUUUAUGGGGAACUCAUUGGAGGGUGGCAUGCUUCUUGCCAUGUUCAGCUUGGCUCAUACCGCCGAAGAAUACUUUACGAGGAAGUCAAUGGUUGAUUGAGAGAACUGAAGGAAAACCAUCCAGAAUUUGCACUGUUAUUAGAAACGAGUGGAGACGAGUCAACACGGUUUUCUAAUUUAAGUCAUACCAAGGUUCCUGUGCAGGACCUUACAGUGGGUUCUCAUAUUUUGGUCAGAGCUGGUGAGGCUGUGCCUGUUGAUGGAGAAGUUUACCAAGGUUCAUCGACAGUCACAAUCGAACACCUCACUGGUGAAACGAAGCCUCUUGAAGGACGGUGGGGGAUGCUAUACCAGGUGGUGCUCGGAACCUGGAAGGAAUGAUGAUAGUACAGGUUUCUGCAGCACUUGAUGCUCUUGUGGACAUUGCCGAUGGAAGAAUAGAUAUCCACGUCCUCAUGGCUCUUGCAGCAUUUGCUUCUGUGUUUAUGGGGAACUCAUUGGAGGGUGGCCUGCUUCUUGCCAUGUUCAGCUUGGCUCAUACCGCCGAAGAAUACUUUAUGAGGAAGUCAAUGGUUGAUGUGAGAGAACUGAAGGAAAACCAUCCAGAAUUUGCACUGUUAUUAGAAACGAGUGGAGACGAGUCAACACGGUUUUCUAAUUUAAGUCAUACCAAGGUUCCUGUGCAGGACCUUACAGUGGGUUCUCAUAUUUUGGUCAGAGCUGGUGAGGCUGUGCCUGUUGAUGGAGAAGUUUACCAAGGUUCAUCGACAGUCACAAUCGAACACCUCACUGGUGAAACGAAGCCUCUUGAAAGGACGGUGGGGGAUGCUAUACCAGGUGGUGCUUGGAACCUGGAAGGAAUGAUGAUAGUACAGGUUGCCUUCUUUCUCUCUUCACUGAGGAGACUUUUUUUCUUUUACGUUUUGUUCUCUAGUCCCAGGAUAGCUCAUUUUUCUUAGCCGGUUUAUUUAAUGAUUUCAGUACGUUAAUACUCCACAAACACUAUUACAAUACAGCUGGUGGAACUCUUUAGUAGAUUUUAUUCGUUAUUUUUUAUCUGAGAA